UGCGUUCCCAAAAUAUGACCAGGGGUGCUUGGAUGUGUAGUCGGCAGUAUGAUGACGGCUUAAAAAUCUGGUUCGCACCCCGGGAGAACGAGAAACCCUUCACGGAUUCAGAGAGGGCUCAGAAAUGGCGACUGUCCCUGGCAUCGCUCUUGUUUUUCACGGUCCUGCUCUCUGAUCACUUGUGGUUCUGCGCCGAGGCCAAAUUCACGGGGACCGGAGAGAAGGAGCAGCCGCCGCCCGAGAAGCCGGAGCCCGCGGAGCCGGAGCUGCUGGCGGGCAUGGGGGAGCCGGCGCCCCCCGCGCCCCGGCUCCUCGCCCCCCCCUCGCCCUCCCUCCCGCCCUCCCCCGGCAGCAGCGGCGGCGGCGGCCGCGGCAGCCGCACCAACGGCACCGAGCCCCGGCAAGGCAAGGCUGCCUUCCUGGGGAACUCCACCGCCAGGCCCCUGGAGACGUGCCCGCCCCCGGGCUCCUCGUCCGGGCAGUGCUUCAGCGUGGGCGACGCGGAGGCGGUGUGCCGGCGGCGAGGGGGCGAGGGGCGGCCGCGGGGCACGGGGCACAGCCCGGCGCCCGGCUGGGACCUGACGGAUUUUUACCUUUCCUUUUGUAAUUCCUACACACUUUGGGAGUUGUUCGCCGGGUUGUCCGAUCCGGACACUUUGAACUGCAGUCUGGAUGUGGUGCUGAAGGGGGAAGGCUCCUGCAGCCAGUGCGUCCAGGCUUACCAGCGCUACGACCAGCACGCUCAGGAGAAAUACGAAGAGUUUGAGGUUAUGCUCCAGAAAUAUUUACAGUCGGAUGAGUACUCGGUGAAAUCGUGUCCUGAGGAUUGUAAGACUGUCUACAAAGCCUGGCUCUGUUCCCAGUAUUUUGAAGUUACACAGUUUCACUGCAGAAACAGAAUUCCUUGCAAGCAAUACUGUUUGGAGGUUCAAACGAGGUGUCCCUUUAUAUUACCAGACAAUGAUGAUGUCAUCUAUGGAGGACUAUCAAGUUUCAUCUGUACAGGGCUCUAUGAAAACUAUCCAACCAAUGCAGAACCAGAAUGCUGUGAUGUCAGAUGGGGACUAUUAUCAGAUCAUCAACCCAAAGGGACUAUAAAAACAAGUGGCUCAACAAUGUGUCACAGGACAUCGCUCACAGUUUCAUCAGCAUCAAGACUGUGUAACAGCAGACUUAAACUGUGUGUUCUUGUAUUAAUUCUCUUACAUACAGUACUUACAGUCUCAGCAGCACAGAACUCAACAGGACUGGGCUUUGGAAGCAUAACAACUUUCGAAGAUAAUUCAACCAAUGAGGAAUAAAAGAAAGGAUUCAUCUUACACGAUAGAAACAAAAGAGGCCCAAACUACUACAGUCAAAAAUAACAAGGACUGAGUGCUUUACCCUCAGAUGUCUUCUUGAAUGACCUUUUGGGUAAAAUGAAAAGAAUGGGCCGCUACCCAAACAACAAGGACACACAAACACAGCUUUUUAUUGACUAAAAGGCUGUUUGGUGACUUAACUUUCUCACACCAUUUUAUACACUGUGUUUUAAUGUUUGGAGUUUCUUUUUUUUUGUUUGUUUGUUUUUUGCACUUGUUAAUACAGGAUUUUAUUUUUGGGACAGUUUCUCAAAGCUAAAUUAAGUCUUUUCUCUGUCGAUAUAUUUCUAGUCAUUGUGUGUGUUCAUCUGAUAGUUCUGUCUUUUAUGUCCUGUCAGUUUCUAUUAGAGGAAUGACUGCUAUGAUUUCAUGACAUAGCAAAAAAAAAAAAAGGAAAAAAAAAAAAAAGGAAAAAAAAUUAAAAAAAAGGGAAAAAAAAAAGAAAAAAGAACAGGAAAAAAAAAAAAAGGAAAAAAAAAAAAAAAAAAAGAGAAAAAACCCCCAAACAAAAAACCCAAAAAAGCCCACAAAAAACCCCAAUAAAAACCCACAAAAAGAACAACUAAAUGAAAUUUAACCAAAAAAUAGAAAACAAUAAGAAAAAUAAAAGAGAAGAAAAAAGCAACUACAAAAAGAACCCCAAACAAACUUUACUGUCCUCUUAUCCAUGGGAACCAUUCAUCUCCUUUCCCUUUCACAUCUACGGUCACAGACAACAUAAAUUUACUUCUGUCUGUGUAAUCACAAUGAAUGGGUACACAAUUGCAGUGUGCCUCUGCCACUGUUGCACAAAACAGUUGACUGAGCAAACCCAAAAGGAGCAUGAAGGGGGUUCCUUUUAGCUGAACAAACAAGUGCUCUCCUUACAAGGUGGGAUCGGACAGUUAAAAAGUAUAAAGAAAUAUAUAACAAACUGUUGCUCCAAUACCCGUUUUGAAGAAGUCCAGUCCUUUCUCACUGGUCAGUUGAACAGGAGCAGCCUUUUCUAGAUAUGUUAAGUAAAACCAGUUAUGCUCAGCAAGUUGAAUAGUUGGGAAGCCUUCAUAUUGGAGGUGAAGGAUUGACAUUCAUUGUGAAUCACGUUUUGAGUUCUCCUGCUGUCACAUAACCAGCAGCUUUUCAUAACAAAUGGGAGUCAAGAACUUCCCAAAUUCAACUCUUUUUGUCACAACAAAAUUAUACUGGAAGUCUUUUAGCAUCUACAAUACAAAUUAUCUCCUUGGUUUGAUUCCAUUGUUUUUCUAUUAUCUACAUGUUGUUGAAAGUAACUCUAGUUUAUUAAGGAUGCACAAGAAUGUGUUAGCACAGAUAAAGAAACUAUUUUUUUUUAAAUAUAUAGGACAACCGUUUUCAUAAAUGUGCAAUAAAAACAGUAAAUAUAUACUAGGAUAUGAGUAGUCAAGAGAAAAGAUUGUAAUAUGAUUGUUGGUUUUUCAUCGUUUGGGGUGGUUUUGAAUUUGUUUACUUUUAUUUUUUAUGGGAACAUUUCACCUGCUGAGUGUAUGAGAAUUUGCUUUUUAAAAAGGCUUUUUAGAGUUUACAGUAGAAUCAAUGGAAGGAAAAGUUAAUAAGGGCUGUUUUUAAAAACUUUACAUUCCUUCCUAUUCUCUAACUACACUUGGGAAGUGCACUUUAGAGAUGUUUGCUGUGUAGCUGGGAAAUGAAGGAAAACUAUAGAAAAUGUUCUCUUAGGAAAUAAAAUAUAGUUACCUACUUUCUAGCUAUAAAAUACCCCUUGAUAAAUAUUAAUGUUGUAAGAACAUUUAAUCACUGGUGCAUAAUGCAUUUUUGUAUACAAUUUACAGUCUGUUAAAUUCUGGAGAAAAACAAGAAGAAGAUAACCAUGCUGCUUAAGCGGUUCAAGAUGCACAUGUUAAGCUACGAAGCUCAAAUUUUUUGCAAGAGUAUUUGUUUUGAUAGUGUUUUGCUACAACCUGGACUGAGGAGCCUAAAAUGAUCUGUGCAAAUAUGACAACAACAAAAAGCACCAGCUAAUGCAAAAUUCUUCAGCACUGGUUUGUUUCUAUAAUUCCUCCCUUCGCUUCCUUGCACAUGCUAUAUUUUGUUCAAUAAAACAUGGUGCUUUUUAUUUAUUUUCUUUUCUGUUAGAGCCACAUGUAUUAAUUGCAGUGAAUUGAUGCAAAAUUGGGGGAAAAUGUAGAAAUGCAAAAGAAAAAGCCUUAACUAAUGGUAGAAUGUAGACUUUUGAAGGACAGAAAUGUUACUGAAAAGUGAUGGAGCAAUAACUGGGCAGUGCUCUGGUACUUUACAACAGCUGAUAAGUCACACUACUAAGAAAGCUCUUACUAGGUGAGCUCUUGUUCAACUGACCUCUUAAUUCUAGUAAGUGUACAUGGUCAGUAAACAGUUUGUUAUAACCUUUAUCUACCUCUGCUGUGCAAAGGCCAUCCA